ACAUGGCUGCCACUGGGAAGACAGGAAACCUGUCUCUCGUUCUCAGCAGCCUGGUGCUGCUUGUUUUGUUGAUGAUCACACCCCUUACAUGGAGCCAGAUGCAGAAGAGGCCAAAUAUUGUCGUGCUCUUUGCAGACGAUCUUGGGUACGGAGAUCUGCCCACGUACGGUCACCCUACCUCCUCAGCACCACACCUGGAGAGGCUGGCACAGGAGGGGAUGGUGUUCACUCAGUUCUACAGCAGCUCACCUGUCUGCAGUCCAUCCAGAGCAGCCCUUCUGACUGGGAGGUACCAGGUUCGAUCAGGGGUGUGGCCUGGUGUAUUUUGGGCUGACUCCACAGGUGGUCUGCCACUGAAUGAAACAACCAUCGCAGAAGUGCUGAAGACUCAGGGAUAUGACACAGCUAUUAUUGGUAAAUGGCACCUGGGUGUGGGGGUGAAUCAGACCUACCUCCCAACCAACCAUGGGUUUGACUACUACUACGGCGUCCCCUACUCCCACGACAUGUGUCCGUGUCCAGUCUGCUUCUGGCCAAAUGUCCCGUGCGGUCUGAACGACAACUGCGGCUCACAGUGGACGGGCUGUCCGGUCUACGAGAACGAUCGGAUCGUAGAGCAGCCCGCUGACUUACUGACCCUGUCGUCACGUUAUGUGAAACAAGCCAGCAGGUUUAUCCAGACCAGCGCUGACAGGGGAAACCCAUUCUUCCUGUACCUGGCCUUCCAACACACACACCAUCCACAGUUUGCUGGUGUGGAGUUUACCAACACUUCAGCAAGAGGAAAGUUUGGAGAUGCCCUGUUGGAGCUGGACUGGGCUGUAGGAGAAGUCCUGAGUACUCUACAACAGGCCAUGGUGCAGGAUAACACACUGGUGUUCUUCACCUCUGACAAUGGCCCCAGCCUGAGGAAUGAACAGCGAGGUGGAAAUGCAGGUCUGCUGAAGUGUGGGAAGGGAACCACGUACGAAGGUGGCCAGCGUGUCCCUGCCAUCGCCCGCUGGCCGGGAGUUAUAUCUGCACACAGCAGGACCACCCAGCUGGCCAGUACACUGGACCUGUUUCCUACCUUAGCUAAGCUAGCCGGGGCACCACUGCCCAGUGGGGUCAUUCUGGAUGGAGUGGAUAUGAUGCCCAUCCUGCAGAAUAAGCAGGGUUCCAGGGACUUGUUUUUCUACUACCCCACCUCUCCAGACCCACAGUACGGGUUGUACGCCGUGCGGUACAAACAGUACAAGGCACACUACUACACCCAAGGACAGGUCAACUCCAAUCCAAACAACCACGACCCGGACUGCCGGCCAUCUGCCCAGCGGACCAGACACGACCCCCCACUGCUCUUCAACCUCAACAACGACCCCUCCGAACAGUUCAACCUGGGGAACAUGUCCCAGUACCAGCAGCUACUGAAAACUAUUGACACGAAGAAAGUAGAAUUUGAGAAAACUGUGGUGUGGGGAGAAAGUGAGAUUGCCAAACAUUCCAGCCCAGAUGCAGAGCCCUGUUACAACAGAGGAUGUCAGCCCUUUCCCCUGGGGUGUUGUCACACUCCACAGUGGUGGUGGCCUUGAAGGGUUAAAAUCUCAUUUCAUUCAAAAUUUUCAUUGUUGUUGCAGAAAAUUGGCAGUAC